AUGGGGGACCGUCACCGGCGGACCCGGAGACUGGGGAGUCUCUCGUCCAAGUCCCGGGUCUCCAAGGAGACGAAGCUCCGACUGCGCGUGAUCUUUCUCGAUGACAGCGAGCGCACGUUCGAGGUGGAGCAAAAGGUUUUAGGAGGUGACUUCUUCAACAAAGUGUGUGGUCACCUGAAGCUGCUGGAGAAGGAGUACUUUGGACUGGAGUUCAGACACCACACUGGCAACUAUGUAAGAAACACAAAAACACACACAACACUUCAGUUUCUCCCUCACAUAUAGAGUUAAUUUUUUUUUUUUAUGUGUAACAUGAUGCAGGUUUGGUUGGAGCUGCUGAAGCCACUGGCCAAACAGAUUAAAUACACCAACGAUCUUUUCUUCAGGUUUAUAGUCAAGUUCUUCCCACCGGACCCGGGGCAACUUAAGAGAGGCCUCACCAGGUAUCUUUUUGCCUUACAGAUAAAGCAGGACCUGUCUAACGGCAGUCUGACCUGUAAUGACAACAGCGCUGCCCUGCUGGUCUCUCACAUUUUGCAGUCAGAGCUAGGGGACUAUGACGAGGAGCUGGACUGUCACCAUUUGGAGAUGAAGCAGUACGUCCCCAACCAGGAAUAUCUCGACCACAAGAUCAGCAAGUUCCACAAGAGACACAGAGGCGUGUCUCCAGCAGACUCGGACAUCCACCUGCUGGAGGUGGCGAGGAAGCUGGACAUGUACGGCAUUAGGCCUCACCCAGCCCACGACGGAGAGGGAAUGAGGAUCAACCUGGCCGUCACACACUCCGGCGUGCUGGUCUUUCAGGGAAACACCAAAAUCAACACUUUCAGCUGGGCGAAGAUCCGCAAGCUGAGCUUCAAACGCAAACACUUCCUCAUCAAACUGCACGACAAAGUCGGGCCAUCGUGUAAGGACACACUGGAGUUUUCCAUGGCCAGUCGAGAUGUAUGCAAAUCGUUCUGGAAGAUGUGUGUAGAGUACCACGCCUUCUUCAGACUGGCUGAGGAGCCGAAGGCAAUACACAAAACACUGCUGUCCUGUAAGGGCUCCAGCUUUAGAUACAGUGGGCGGACACAGAAACAGCUGCUGGAGUGUAUGGGAUCAGGGGAAAAGAAGCCGUCACAUUUUGAGAGGACUUACUGUCAGUCAGACUACGAUCCCCGACAGUGUCGGUCGUCUCCCGAUCUCCUCACCGACGUCUCCAAACAACUGUAUGAGCACACACAUCCCUUCCCUCGGUCGGGCCGUGCCUUGGCCGUCCGCAGUCAGGAUGAGUUGGACCCACGUCACCAAGGUGUAAACGACAUCGAAAUCCGAGGAGGAGGGGCUAAACGCAGCCAAUCAUCUGUCGAGGUCACCCAGAGGCCCCACCCUCUCUCUCAAGUCACUGUCCUCUCUCCUUCUCUCCACCAAUCAACCCCCUCACCGAAGGUAAGGUCAGCUUCGACGUCUGUGAUGGAGGACAUGAGGGGCGGACGCAUCGGGGCGCAGCGCCAAGCCCAAAGGCUAGCUGGGGUUUACGGCAACCGAUCACGACGUCGGCCCAAUCCGCAGCCACACCCAGACGCCGCACAGCAGUUAGUUCUUCUUUACCCAAACAGCCCUGCCUACCAGUAUCACCCCAUCCUCCCAACAUUCCCAUUGGCUGGUUCCUCGCCGCUCAACCGACACCCCUACUUGACAGACUACGUUGCUGUUUCUUCACUGGAGCGUUUGCCACAGGCAAGAAGGCGGGAUUACGUGACAAUGGACGGCCUAUCGCGGCCAUCUUUCUACCCACUCAGCCACGAUUCGCCGUCUCUUUCACCAAUCAGGAGGAACCUCCGCCCCUCUGGCUCGGGCGGGCUGGGAUUGGCCAGGGUUUACCAGCCGGGAAGCAACGGAGCAAGGUUCUUGGGCGUUGGACAUACUGAAGCGGGGCAUUACAGCGACGACUCCAAUUUCCUCCCGGGGCUGCCUCGCCGCGCGGCCAGCCAACCAGAUGUCAAGUUCCACCUUUCAAGGAGUUCAAACCCCGCCUUUAACCCUGCCUCUGAGUUUCGUCCCCUUGGUUACUACCCCCACCUGACACGCCCCUCCAGACCCACCUACCUCCCACUAAACUCCUCCCCUCUGCCCGAUCGCCCCACCUCUCUGUGCAUGAUCGGAGGCACCACGGGGAGCUACAGCGACUCGGACCCUGAGGUUUUCUACCCGUAUUAUUGCCCACCUCCCCCGCUGGGGAAGAUGAUACGGUCUGCCGGACUAGCCAGGAUGAGGUUUUCCUCUGGGAGCCUCCAACUGGACGAGGAGGAAGAAGGGGAGGAGGAAGAGGAGGAGGAUGGAGCAGCGAAAGAGAAGGCAAAAAAGGAAUUAGAGGAGAAGGAAGAAAAGACAGCACGAAGUGACGAGACUAAAGGUGCUGCGAAGGUUACAGAGGUCACACUGUAG